AUGUUGGAAGGAGUUGUUAACCAAAUAAAGUCAGCUCAAGAGACAGGUAUAUGGGCCUGGGACUGUGUAUAUAACGAAGUGGUGCUUGCGUAUCCAGCAGCAUUUGCUUUCUUAGGUGAUAACCCAAUGCAGAAUUUUAAUCAGUCACCAUUGUACAGUCCUGUUGCUUCAGAAAAUGGAGGCGAGAGCAUACCACACAGUCCAGCUACUUCUGAUCAUCAAGAUGAUGUAGCAGUCAGUCGAAAACGCAAGCCAGAAAGCAUGGAAUCAAUGGUCAAACGUAUUACAGCUUUUUUAGAGACUGGCAGGUUGCGAUGCAAACAAGAGACUAUACAAAUAUUGCAGUCCUAUCUCAAUUUAGCAUCCAGUAUUGGCUCCAAAACCAAGCUCAAAACCGAGAAAACAAAGACCGGUAUCAAGGACACUUACCAGGAUUUCUUUCUUGAGAAGUUACUCACGUCGUACACAAAGGAAAAGGGGCCGAUGAAAAAGCAAGCUGCGCUUGAUGAAGCAAUACAAAAUCUACCGGAUGAUAUCACAAGCCCAAUUUGGGAUUUGGACGAAAUCGAUCCACAUCAAGACACACCAGUUGAAAUACUUCAUGUUGUUUUGCUGGGUUUUGUGAAGUAUUUUUGGCGUGACCUUGUUCAAAACCAGCUUAACGAUGAAGGCAAAAAGCUGUUAAUUCAGCGACUCAACAGCUUUGAUGUCCGUGGCUUGGGUAUAUCACCCCUUGGUGGUAAGACCUUGGUCCAGUAUGCUGGUUCUCUCACUGGCCGGGAUUUCCGAGCGAUAUUGCAAGUGGCACCUCAUGUCAUUUACGAUCUUGUUCCCACCAAUGUCUUUGACGCCUGGGUGUCGCUUUCAAGACUUGUUCCACUUAUCUAUCAGCCCAAAAUUGACGAUAUGGACAAAUAUCUUGAGACUCUAGCACAAGAAGUGGAUUCAUUUUUGAUUAGUACGGCUCAAUGGACAUGUGCUUGGUUUAAUAAAAAGAAGUUUCACGUCUUGUUGCACUUGGUAGAACAUGUGCGACGGUUUGGUCCUGCAAUCAUAUUUGCUACUGAAUCUUUUGAAUCAUUCAAUGCAGUGAUUCGAGCUAAAAGUAUUCAUAGCAAUCGCCAAUCCCCAUCGCGAGACAUUGCCAUGGCUUUCGCCGAAGGCAAUUGUAUCCGACAUUUACUGAGUGGUGGGCUCUUUCUCCAGAAUCGCCAUCGUGACAUCCAGCAUACUACUGCCAGAGAUUGGCGAAGCAUUGGUCCAGGCCCAAACAGAAUUAUUGCCAUUGAUACAAUUAUUCCCAGCUAUCUUGGGCUAAUGGCUGCCACCGAUCCGUUAUUUUCAUCGGGACGAUGUAUAGUCGAUAAAACCCCUCCCAGGCCUCUUACGCAAACUCUUACUGGCACACUCCUUCCCAAUGUUGCCCUCGGAAACCACUCAUUUCAAACCUGCAAGCAAGUUCAACUCGAAAACGGCGAAAAUUGUGAACCAGGACAGUACGUUAUAGUGCAGGCACGUCAGCCCAAUGGCGCACCUCGAGCACCCUUUGUUGCCUGUGUUAAGGAAAUCGUACUGCAGCUGGGAUCAAGCAAUAGUGCCAAUGGAUAUCCCGAAGGCCUACUGUUGCAGUCAGUGUCUACAAACCAGGUUAACAGCAAGCUUCAAAUGCCUUCUCUGAUGCCUCUGGAAGAUACCUGGUCAUUCCUUCCUCUCUCGGAAAAUGGUGUUUGGUUACAAGUUGUUCUAAGUAAAUAG